GUUGAGCCCCGUCUGUUUACCACAUAUCGCAGUAUUACAUUACGGUAGGUGGCGUACCAUGGUGUCUGUGGAGGAGCCGUCGCCGGAUAGGGUGGAGCCGAAUUGCCCGCUUUUCGGCAUGUGCGGGGGCUGCCAGUACCAACACGGAGUGAACCUCUCGGGGGGGGUGUUUCAGAUGUCGGUGUCGAUGCAGCGGGACUGGAAGAAGCAGCAGGUGAUGGACUGCCUGACUCGCAUCGGGGGAAUGGUGGAUCCGGCAGUGAAGGACACGUUCGGAACGGACGAGACAUACGGGUACCGAUCCAAGCUCACGCCUCACUAUGACGCCCCGUAUCAGGGCCGAGUCCGAGAGAUUGGCUUCAAAAAGGUGAAAUUUCCCACGAUUUACCACGGCGUGGACCUCGGGAACGUGAAUCCCAGCAAGGUGGUCGACGUCGAACGGUGUCCCCUUGCCACCGAGGGCAUCAACGAGGCUUUGCCGCCAGCUCGGCAGGAAGCCCGUGAACGCGUGCAAGCGGCGUUCGACUCCGGCGACGGCAAGCGCGUGGGGAAACGAGGGGCCACCCUGCUGUUCAGGGAGACCACGGAGGAAGGGACGGUGACGGACAACAACGCGCACGUCUCGGAACGUGUCGGCGGGAUGGUGUUCAACUUCAAGCUGCGUAUGACUUAA